UCAAGCUACAUAGAACGAUAAGAUAAGGAUUUUCAUGGAUGGGGACAGACUUCUUUUUUUCCACCAACGGCUCUCAAGUCUCAACCUCCCGCGCAAAAGUGACCACUGAUUACCUACCCACGGCGCUAAGAUACCAUCAUGGGCAAGAACAGGAAAUCUAAGCGGCAGCUAAUUCGAGACGAAAAGCGUGCAAAGAAAAGAGAGCGGGAGCGCGCCGACGAGGGAGAACGGGACGCCAAACGCCAGCGCCGUAACGACGACGGUGGCGGCAACGAAGCAGCCAACGGUCUCGAUAGCUACGACCCGAAUGCUGAUUACAUCCCUUUUGAUGUCGACGAUGACGGCAUCAACGGCCAAAGUAACCGCCGCGGCGGCGGUAGCGGGCAGACCUUUGAGCGCGAAUUCUUCGGCAUGCUCGCGGAUCAGGAGCAAGAGUACUUCCGGCACGCCGACGAGAUGCUCGAGUUGAACGAUUUCCCCUCCCCCGAAGAUCGCCAUAUCUUUUUGCAAAAUGUCUACCUCGAGGCGAGGGGAAAAGAGCUCAAGCUUGCCAGCAGCCAGAGUUGUUCCCGCUUGAUGGAACGGCUGAUCUUGCUUUCGAAUACGCGACAGAAGAAGAGGCUUUUUGGCGCCUUUGCCGGACACUUCAUGAGCUUGGUUACCCACAGGUUUGCGGGGCACUGCUGUGAGAAGCUGUUCUUGUUGAGCGCGCCGGUCGUAACCGAGGAGCUGAGCGGUGGGGGGGAGAACGGGAAUAAAGAUGGGGACAUGACCAUGGGGGAAGGCGGGGAAGAGGAAGAAGAGGAGGUCACCGAGGCAAUGAAGACGUCGAUGGAGGAUUUAUUCCUGCUGACUCUGGAUGAGCUGGAAGAGCACCUUUCGUAUCUGCUGUCGGAUCGGUACGGGUCGCAUGCUCUUAGAGUGCUGCUGCUUGUCUUGUCCGGGAGGCCGCUUGACCAAGCCGGGACAAAGUCGCUGCUGCAGGGCAAGAGCAAAGAGUAUGUUACGGUAGAAGGCGCCUCUGCCAUGGCGAGCGAGCUCAGCUCGCAGACCAGGGCAGUGCCCUCGUCGUUUACGACCGCGGUACAAAAGAUCAUUGCCGACUCUACGGCGGGCAUGGAUGCGACGGCGCUGCGGGUGCUGGCCAAGCAUCCAACUGGCAAUCCUACGCUGCAACUUUUGCUUGAUUUGGAGCUCUCGGUGGCAGCGAAAUCAAAAGGGGGUAAAGCAAAGAAGAGUGAGGACAAAGACGCGGAGGUGCAAGCCAGCGAGCCGACUCUCCUAGAGAAGCUUGUUCCUGGCGCGCCGGCUUCUUUCGGCGAUGAGAAGUCGCAGGCUUGUGAAUUUGUCAAUGGCAUGCUCUACGAUCCCAUCGGUUCGCGGCUGCUUGAGACUCUAAUCACCCACUGCCCAGGCAAGGUGUUCAAGGGUCUUCAUGCAAGCAUAUUCGGCCCGCGGAUCCAGAGUCUACUCCGGAACGACAUUGCCUCAUAUCCCGCCAUUAGGGUGCUCAACCGGUUGAGCAAGGAGGACCUUGUCGCAGCAGUGGAAAAAUCGCUCCCCGAAAUCCCGUCGUUCGUGGAGAAAGGCCGGCUCAAUGUCAUCAAGACCUUCUUUGAGCGGUGCAGCGUGCGCAACGCGACUCCGGAGCUUGGAUCCCUCCUGCAGGCCCUCACGGCUGCCUGUGGCGGCAACUGGAAGCAUCUCGUCCCCAAGCUCUGCCUCCUUGACGAACCUGAGCCACAAGAGAGCAAGGAGAAGAAGUUUCAGCAGCCCGAUGCGAAGAACAAGGCAGCUCUCCUUUCCCACGGCAGCCAGGUUGUAACUACCCUCCUCGGAAUUCCCGGCGCGACGUCCAAAGCCAUCCAGAAUUCUCUCCUUUCUCUCUCACCGGAACAACUCCUCCGCAUGGGCACCUCAUCCGCCCCGACAUCAACAAUCCUCGCCAAAUCCCUCUCCGUCCCGCCGGAGGUGCCCCAUUUCCACAAGCUACUUGUAUCGGCCUUGCUGCCAAACAUAUGCGAGCUUGCCACGUCACAGCACGGAAACGGCAUCGUCAACGCCAUCAUCUCGGCUCCGUCGAAAGGCGAGGGUGUGGCCGUGGUGCCCUUUUACCUGAAGGAGAACAUCAUGGCGCAGUUGGAAGGGCGCGAGAAGGACUUAAGAGCGACAUGGCUGGGGAGGAACGUCUGGCGGAGUUGGAAGGGCGAUCUGUGGUGCCACCGGCGGCAUGAUUGGGUACGUUGGGCGAAGGAGACCGAUCCUGAGGGGGAGAGGGUCGCGGCUAUGCCUGUGCCGAAGCAGAAGACGGAGGAGGAAGGCAAGGAUAAGAAGGGCAAGGGGAAAUAUGACGCUCAGGGGAAGCAGAAGGGGAAGGAGAGCUCAAAGAAGGGGUCGAAUAAGAGCAGGGAAGGAGGAAAGAGAAAGGGGAGGUCAAACGGGGAGGUGGCUGUUGUCGCUUAGUUCGGUGUGUAGGUGGGUGGUUUUCGUUGUGGCACAUGAUACC